AUGUCUUCUGAUAACAAAACCAUCGUCUUCAAUACUCUUAAAACACUCUACAUUCAAUUCGAAGAAUCAAAGAAUGAUUUCCUUUCCGAUGAUUCUCAUGGUGAUGAUUUCUAUACCCCCGAUUCAUUCUCUGAUAUGUUUGGAGGUGAAGUUUCUGAAGAGGAACUUAUGGAAAUGUUACAACAAAUUCAAGAUGAAAAUAAAAAAGGAACCAAAAAUCAACUACAGUGA